AUCUAAUAUUCCAAUCCAAUGUUAUAGUUAUCCUUUUACUCCGGCUGAGAUUGGUCUCUGGAUCGUAAGAAACAGAAAAUUGUAUCCUACACAAAACUGAGCACUUCAAAACACCAAAAUGACAUACGUGAAGUUCAUCGCAACACCAAUUGGAAUACUCGCAGCCAUCACCAAUUUUGCGGUUAUUGUUCAAUUUCUUCGCAACAGAAUUUGGUUGAAGAAACCUUACAACGUGUUUAUUCUCAGCUUGGCAUUUACUGACAUGACUACGGGAGUAUUGAUGCUCAUUGCUCCUGGGUUAAGUUUUAAUCCUGCGACGGUUCCGGAGAACCUUUUCCUCGGUCGAGUUUAUUGCCAGACCCUUGCUGGAUUCUGGGUGUUCUUCGGACUCGGUGCUGUGUCGAUCUUUACUUGUCUGUUUCUCACCAUUGAGAGAUGGACGGCAAUUUGUCGACCAUUCCUGUAUAGAUUGAGAUUUGCAACGAAACACUUGAUCAAAUAUUUGCUACUGGUUUACAUACUCGGUUUAGGAACGGCGCGUAUUGGCACAGUGGAAAGAACAUAUCAACCAAAGGUCUCGAACAUGACCGCUGCAAAAUGUGUCAGUUCACAAAUAUUCGAAGAACAAUACAUCGGGUUGAUGACUGUUUUUUCAGUCAGUCUCAAGUUCUUUAUUCCAUCUGGAAUAAUAUUGGUGCUGUAUGCACUGGCUGUUCGCAAGAUUAUUCAAACUGGAAAACAGUUUAACGGACAGAACAAAAGAAAUGAAGCAAUCAAGAAUGUGACCAAGAUGGCCGCCAUAGCCUCGCUUGUAUUGAUUGUGUGCUGGUUACCAAAUCAGAUAAACCUGAUAUUGGUGAAGUAUGGAAAAGCUAAACUGUUCAGUCAUUUCCACAAUUUCACCAUAGUCUUGGUUUCCGUCAACUCGACGUUAAACCCAUUUAUAUAUGCGCAUUGGGGAAAGCAAUUCAAAAAUGGGAUCACGUGUACUUUAUGUAAACGUACUCGUAGUAACACAAGUGAUGUCACUUUGAAUUCUGGUCAGGAGGGCACCUAUCAAACGUCGUUCAAAUCAGGGCUAAACAACAAUGCUUGCGAAAAGAAUUUUAAUAUUUAAGCGCCCGUUCAGGCUCAGCGUGUGUGCAUGUCUGUCAAAUGCCGGGCACCUAUAGUCUGAAUGUCGCUGUCUAUAAUGUAAAUAUGAUUUGUGAUCCUAAUUUCUUGUUUGACGUAUGAAUGUGCACAUCUAAUGUAGAUGUCCUACAGAUGUAAUGUAAUGUAGAUGUAUGUAAUUAGAACUCGUUGCACUCUUUACUCUUAUAAAUAACGGAUGAAACUAUUUGAACAUAUUUUAUCGUAUAGUAACUUUGUUUGUCAUAUACGUUUGGGCUUGUUGUACGACCAAGCUGUACACUUAAAAAAUAAGCUCUGGCCUACUUUACAACUAUCAAAUAUAUUUAAAUGAUCAGCAUUGACUUCUUUACUUCAUCGUAUACGAUCUUAUUUUUGAAGCUU